AAUCUAGUCUGUGCAGAAUACAAUAUCAAAUUUGGAUUGGCGCGGCUUCAAAGAAGACGUGAUUUUAAAGACAGGAACAAGACGAAAUUGGAGAAGACAUGCAUGCAGUGUAGACAUGUCUCGAGGAGGAGGAGUAUAAAGAAACGUAGUCAUGGUGGUGAAUGGUGAUUUCAAGUAGGAGAUUCGUAAUGACAAGCAAAGGAAGCAUGAGUUUGCACAGGAGGACCCUGAGCUGCAGUUGUUCAUCUCCACGUUUCAAUCAUACAGUUAAUCGACAGGAUGCGGAAGGAGGAGAAUCUUGUGAUCCAGCCACUUCCCUCUACAAUAAUUUGAUGAUUUCUUAUGGAGCACAGUGCGGAGACAGUACUACGAACAGUUUGUGGACUGUUUAGGCUAUCCGAAGAUUGGACAAGACAUCAGCACCAUGAUUUGCUAUAAUUACGUUAUGCCUUUGAACACAGUGAGUGUUAAGAAAAUCUGUAUAUUAGCUUAAGUCAAUAGUAGCAUAAGCAGAUGACAUCUUUUGACGCUGAGGAUGUGGACAAGAUAUCCUGUAACAUGAAAGGCUUAAAUCAGAAGAAUGGAACUAUCAUUGACGAUCGGAGAUCCAAUCUUUCGUACAUUCAUCAUCUAUUACGCGCACAAUUUUGUGGUAGUUUUGUCAAUGACUAUAGUCCUUAGUCACUCACCCGGCCAUAUUUCUUAGUCGCUCAGUUUGGAAUCCACACAAGUUGCGUAUACGUGAUUACGUACUACUUGUGCGGUAUGCGAAUCCCGAGUAGCAUUCCACGUAACAAAGUGUUGGUAGGCUGGUGGUGGGGUCUGUGCAACCUCGACCGAGUUACAAGAACGGAAACAUGUUUUUUCGAGUUAGGAACUAGCUUUUCGGCAGGAGGUUGUUUCUGAUAUUUGGAAGUGUACUUUAUCAUCAAUGAGAGAUAAUCAUUCCGGGGGAAGAGUCUACUUGUACAUAUUUUAGACAAAAUAAAAAAUUCUACAAACGUAGCUGUGAGAA